AUGGAUAACCAAGAAAUGCACAAUCUCAGCGAAGAAAUCACGGAUUGUUUAGCUGGGUACAUUACUCAUCAGCAAAACUUGAAUCGUCUUCUGAAGUUGGCACAUCGCAAUAACCUACUCAAAACUGAUUACGUUGUGGAAACUAGACUUUCGAUGGAUGACCCAGUUUUGCCGAACUUCCUGUUCACCACUCCGCUCCCAAUGACAUUUGCUGAAGAGCGAGCAAGAGACUGUAUGGGAUAUGAUUUGGAGACCAAUAUCAUCGAAACAUUCGAACAGAGCGGGGUGCAAACACCAAGAGCCGCGGCGACACUGUCCAGUUUCCGGAGACGUCUCGAGAAUCUUUCUCUUGCCAAUUAUGAAGCACCAAGGCUUGAACCGGAACCGGACAUGUUCAGUUCAAUUGAAGAUACGUCGCGCGAACUUCCACUCGGGAACUCUGCUCCCCUUCAAAUCCGCGCCGCCCCACAGCAAGGAAUUAUUCAGGAUUUGCCGGAAACAAUUGGAAAUAACAUUCGCGAGGAGGCAACUGCACCAACAAGAGCCACAGCACCGACCAAUUUUCCCGUUCAGCGUAUGACGUUCUACGAACUAGCUCCGUUCGCAGAGCAAGGCGAAUGUAACAGAAUUCUUGCCGUAUGCAACUAUAACAUCGGACCCGCCUUGAAUAGACUUAAGGAAGACCAUCUGGUGCAAUUGGGACUGGUCAGCUCUCGUCAAGAAGCCAUUGACGCUCUCCUGGAUCAUAGCUACGAUCUCGGCCUAGCUGCCGAUUCUCUACUCCAGUGA